GCCUGGAAGUCAGUUCUCCUUCCCCCAUGCGUCGUCUGGAUGUUUCUGCACCAGCUGGACCUCACGACCGCGCUGCGCCCGUCGCUCCUGCCGGAAGAGACACUGCUGUUUGUGCAGGAUGCCGUGGGCUUGUAUGAGGGCAAAUUCAAGAUCCCCCAGUACCAGAACGGGCAGGCCUAUCUGACCUCCCACCGCGCCUGCUACGUCGACCACAACGAGCCGCGAAAGAACUCGGUAGCUAUUUUCCUCAAGGACGUCGAGAAGCCUGAGUUCUACGCUGGCUUCCUCAAGUCGUCUGCAAAGAUCACCCUCUAUCCCAAGCCCUCGAAGCGGCUCUCCCGCGGCCCGCCCGCAGCGUCUGGCAACACCUCGAUAACCCCCGAACGCCGUGGCAGCCCAGCGCCACCAUCUGCACCUCCUCUCAGCGCGACGUGGGUGUGUCCAAUAUGCUCCUUCUCCAACCCAGUCCCCUCGAACUUUGAUCCUGCCACCGCGAACGCCCGCACCCCGUUACCACCGUGUUUGGCGUGCGGGAUAAAGCCGCCCUUGGUGCAUGUCGUCAAGGCAGCGAUAGCCGCCAUCGCGAACCGGCCGACCCCGCAGGUGCCACCAAAGGAUGAUAAGAACGGGCUAUUUGCAUCUACAAGUGCGGUGGGUGGGGCCUUCGGGUCGUCACUGUCAUGCCCGAGGUGCACAUUCCAAAAUCACCCGUCGUUAUCGACCUGCGAGAUGUGUGGAGCUUCGCUUGUGCCUGCUGCAGAUAGACGGCUAGGCUUCGCGCAGGAUAUCGGAAGAGCCGACUCGCCCGGACCAUCUCUCAAUUCACCUUUGCAAGACGAGACGAUCGAGUGCAUCAAGUUCUCCUUCCGUGGCGGUGGCGAGAAGAUAUUCUACGAACGCCUCAGGAACGCGCUCGUACAGCGAAAGUGGCUUCUGCAGAGCGCGCCGCCAAUCCCCAAACCACGUCCUCCUUCUAGCACGUUCGACGAUAGUUACUCCACCAUGUCGGAUACCCCUUCCGACCCCGAGCGCAACAAGGUGGUAGGCAUAGCCGGUCUGGAGCGCAGGGGGCUUGAACAGAGAAAGAACAACGAGGCUAUGAUUGGAAGUGCAUUCGAAGAUCUCGAAGCUCUCAUGACGUCCGCGAAGGAGAUUAUUGCUCUUGCCGAGCAGUUUGCGUCUCAGGCUAAUCUGGGCUCAAAUGGCAGCUCUGAAGCAAGCGCGCUAGCUUCCCAAUCGGCCUCCGCGCUCGGUCUUGUCACCACCAAGGACAUGCUCGGAUCGGGAUCAGAGUCAUUAUAUGUAUCUGAGCUAUCUAGGAAUCUAGCCGAAUGGCUGACCGAUGACACCCGUGGCAUCCUGAGGAGAGAAGGAGGUAUCAUGACGCUGGUCGACCUCUGGGCAGUGUUCAACCGAGCAAGAGGCGGGGUAGAACUCGUCAGCCCGGCCGACUUCGAGAAGGCGGCACGCAUGUGGGACAAGCUCAAGCUACCUGUCCGGCUACGGCAGUUCAAGAGUGGACUGCUAGUGGUCCAAGGUCGUGACCGAACGGACGAGAAGACGAUUGGAAGUCUGCUAGCGUGGCUCAGGGAUAUGCAUAAUGAAUCUCCCGCGACAGAGGUCGCGUGGGACUGGCGGACAUACGGGAGAGGAGUCACUGCGCAAGAGACGGCAGAGCGGUUUGGCUGGAGCGUGGGUGUUGCUACAGAGGAGCUGGAGAUGGCUGAAGAGGCUGGCGCACUCUGUCGCGAGCAAGGACUCGAUGGGCUCAGAUUCUGGGAGAAUUGGCUGGUCAUCCAGGACCAUGAUCACCUAGUAGAGUAGUUAUUAGUAAGUGCUUCAUCAAUAACAUGACACUC